AAAAUUUUUGACGAAAGCAUGAAAAGGAGGAAAAGAGAACUCUCUGAGUCCCACCAAAGGCCUAUUUCUUCAAAUGACGGUUUUACUGAUGGACAAAUUCCUGAAAAGAACCAUGUCUCUCGAGAAAGUGCAAGACCUCGAGAACCCAGAGCAUCAGGUCCAAGUGAAACGGAAACGUCUUGAGUUAACAAGAAGAUUGGUGAGGCAACUCCGUGAGCAGACGCAAAAAGCAGAAAGAAUAAUUGCUGCUCAAGACCGGAAUAAAUCUACAAGUUUGACAACUCAAAUAAAAUUACGCUAUACGCUUCCAGAAAUCUUGGAAUCGAAAGAGUCAAUACGACCCAAUAAUGAAACGUGCAGAGGAUUGUACGUAAUCGUAGCGUCGAACGGAGAUGUGCCCGUUUAA